AUGCCUCGCGAAGAGUACCAGGUCCCCACGGCCUCGGCCUCGGCCGGCGCCGUCGCCUCCCGCGGCGCCACCCACGACGUCGGCCGCCACGAGACGCGCUCCGUCAUGACCUACCUCUGCGGCGACUGCGGCGGCCACGUCUCCCUCGGCAAGGAUGCCGUCGUCGCGUGCCCGCACUGCGCGGGCCGCGUGCUCUACAAGGAGCGCACGAAGCGUUUGGUUCAGUUUGAGGCGCGGUAG